CCCUUUAAAUCUAGGCGAUGCAGCUGAUUCCGAUGACAGCAGGGGAAGCGCCGCAGCUGGGUGCUGUGAGAGAGAAGCCGAUUGCCUGGUCUGAUCCCGCACGGUUUGCAGAGCGACAGCAGAAGCUUAUGCAGUUGGCUGCACAUUAUCUCAUGCACUGACACUAUGGAUUUCAAUGUUAAGAAACUGGCUUCCGAUGCCGGGCUGUUCUUCACGAGAGCUGUGCAGUUCACGGAGGAGAAGCUAGGCCAGGCAGAGAAGACUGAACUGGACGCUCACUUUGAGAACCUGCUGGCCCGGGCCGACAGCACCAAGAACUGGACCGAGAAGAUCUUCCGGCAGACUGAGGUUCUGCUGCAGCCCAACCCAAUAGAUAACACGGGUGCUCGCAUCGAGGAGUUCCUGUAUGAGAAACUGGACCGCAAGAUCCCCUCCCGGGCCACCAAUGGCGAGCUCCUGGGUCAGUACAUGCUGGAGGCUGCUAAUGAGUUUGGACCCGGGACUCCUUACGGGAGCACCUUGGUAAAGGUCGGGGAGAGCCAGCGUCGGCUCGGUGGGGCGGAGCGGGAGUUCAUGCAAUCCACAGCCAUCAACUUCCUGACCCCGCUGAGGAACUUCCUGGAGGGAGACUGGAGAACCAUAUCUAAAGAACGGCGACUUCUCGAGAACCUCAGACUGGACCUGGACGUCUGCAAAGCCAGGUUAAAGAAAGCAAAGACCGCCGAGGCCAAAGCAGCUUGUGAGGGAGAUGCGAUACCCGAUUUUCAGGAGACUAGGUCCCGUAAUUAUGUGCUGUCUGCCAGCGCAUCAGCGAUUGCACCUCUUGUGUGCCGAAGCGCUGGCUGUGUUUUUGUUAAAAGGCUCUGGAGUGAGGAGGUGGACAAAGCAGAUCACGAGCUGCGAGUUGCCCAGACGGAGUUUGACCGGCAGGCAGAGUUGACCCGACUGCUCCUAGAGGGGAUCAGCAGUACUCAUGUGAACCACCUGCGCUGUCUGCACGAGUUUGUGGAGGCUCAGGCUACUUACUAUGCCCAGUGUCACCAGUACAUGCAGGACCUUCAGAAGCAGCUGGGCAGUGCCAAUGGAGAAGUAUUCCCAACUGCUUUUGUGAAUACAAACCCCACCCCUGUGCCUGGUGGCUCCUCCCCCUCCAGUGCCGCCACCCUCCCGGUCCAGCCCUCGCCCAGCCCCCUGGACACGGGCGCGCUGAGCAUCGAGGAGGUGCAGCCCCCAGCCACCGGCACCCGCAAGGCCAAGGUCCUGUACGACUACGAUGCAGCCGACACCAGCGAGCUGUCCCUGCUGGCAGACGAGUUAAUCACGGUGUACACUGUACCUGGGAUGGAUCCUGACUGGCUCGUUGGUGAGAGAGGAAACCAGAAGGGGAAAGUUCCUGUCACCUACCUGGAACUGCUGAGCUAAAGCAGACAGGCAGACACGCAGCGGACCACUGGAAAUGGGAAGAGUCACAAAAACGGAGGAGGAUGGUAACGAAAUUGCUUUACAACUCUGUAGUCUCAUCAGUAUGCUAUAGUUAAUAUGGAAUACUUUAUACAGCAGAAGGGCCUCACUCCCCACCUGGUUCUGCUUGUCCUCUUUUGGGGUGUACUAAUGCACUUAGUGGUUGGUGUAGAACAGCUGUUAGCUGAACCCCCAGAUCUGCAACCAAGCAGCUUUUCCACAAAAUAAAAAGUUUGCAAAUUGAGUUAAUACCCUUGUAUACUGGCUUCAGAGCAGUUUUGAAUAUGCUCUAUUUAAAAUAUUCUUAGGGUUACAGCAGGGAGUGUCUUAGAAUGCCUAGCUUGAUUUACUAUAGGCCGAAUUAGAGAAUUGACAUAAUCCGAUUGGCUGCUUUCACUGUCACUCCUUGCCGUUACUUGAAACACCUUUGCCUCCUCCAGUUAUAUACUUGCCAAUGUAACUCAGAAUGUCUCGACUGAUUUAUUUCCUUUGUCUGAUCUGCACCAAAUACGAAUCCCACUCUCGGAGAAUGUGAACGCUGUCUUUUACAGUGGCUGCACUGCACAGCAAUGCACGUUUUUAAAAUUGUACAAUUAUAAUCGCUGGUCUGGUUGAAUCAAAAACGUGUUGUUAUUUUUAACAGGAUCGGCGGACUGGAUUUGAGAAUGUCUAUUGAAAGACUCUGGUCUAAACCAACCCCAUGCAUUUAAGAAUUGAUAACCCGCUACAAAAAACCAGACCUAAUAUACAUUACUUAGCUGUUUGAAGCAGUAUAUGGGACAUAGUGUAAUGCACUACAUUGGAGUUGUACUGCAUGAGGCUGUUAUGUGUACUUUGCACUGAAUCCACAAUACUGUAGUAUUAGUAAUCCACUUUGUAAGGCAGUUUAGACCAGAGAAAAAAAGUCUAUAACAGAUCUGAAUUGCAGUGGAUCUUAAUUCUACCGUCAUUUCAAUAUUUAAAAUAGGACCCCUUUAGAUUUUAGAUUUUUACAGGCAGAAAUCCUGUUACAUGUUUGGUUUUCAUCAUAUUGGUGCACGAAAUACCCUGCUUUUAAGGAACUUUAACAAUGGCAGUAAAUCAGCCACUGUAACUUAAACCAGUUUAAUCCAAUCUGAUGCCUCUCAUUGAGUCACAUGCAAGCCUAGCCCUGCAUGUCAGGUGACCCUGGAUCAGGCUGCAGUGAGGUCAUGACCUCACUGUGUAUGAGUGCACCUCGGCUAGCUUGGGUCACGUGUCUGCGACUGUGUUUGAAAUACCAGGUGACAAACCAGGGCUUUCAACUGAAUGGCGAAGUAGUGUUGGCAGGUGUAUAGUUGGAUUUAACCAUUGUGACAAGAAUGUUAACUUAAAUUUAAAAAAAAAACCUGAAAUAAACCUUUGAGUUGUUGUAUACUAACUCGAAGCAUUGUGAAACAGUUUGAAAUGUUUUUUGGUUUGUUGUAUACGUUCCCUGUCACCUGUGUGUCGUUUGCUUACAUUCCAUUGAGGCGCUUCGUUUUAUUCACUCGCAAAUGUUCUGUAUGUUCGCGUUUUUUUGUUUUUUUUUAAAGGACAGUCUGUAAGGAAAUUUAAUACCAGAAAGUUACCCUGUAACCAGAAACGCUGAAAAGAUAAACAACACGGUGUAGAUUUUAUAAAUGAUUGCAGGUCCUCUCUGUGUGCAGUGGUAUGAUAUGUGUUCUCAAAGGUCAACUACGACUUCAUAAACACGGCAGUUCAUUUUGUCGUCUGUCGAAUGUUUUUCUUGGUCUACCCAUAUGUUAAUGAAUAGGAGACUCUUUGAACCCUUUCAGCCGGGCAGGACCUCAAGCUCCUGCCUUGCCUUAGUGCUGUAUGUUAACACAUGCCGUUGGAAAUCACGCUGGGACCUCCCGGGACUCUUGGGCCCCAGUCUGAGGACUUCCUUUUUGACAAACAUCAUUCGGGACUGAAAGGGUUAACCAGGUGCAACGUAAUCAAUAGAGCAUGCGAUCGACUCAAACAAAAUCCAUUCACUCCCCCUAUUAAUCCAGCUUCUGUGUUUUUCUGUUGGGCUUUGAUUCACUGAUUUGUGUUUUAUUUGUAUGUUUUCAUUCCUGUUUCGAGUGUAUUUAUUGCCUGUUACUGUAUUAUGCAUAGUGAAAUGAAUGAAUAUAUUCAAAUUAAUAAAGGACAGCUUUAUUGAAA